UACAAAAGGCAGACAUACUUUCGCUUUCUCCCAGUUCAUCAAACCUUCUCAUCCAAAAACUCUCUUCUUCGCCAUUUUGCGGUGUGGAUUCUGCCUGGAUUCCGGUACAUCCUAUUAAGCUUGUUUUUAACUUCAAGCUAUUGGAACCGAUCACAAUGAAGUUCGCACUCGCCGCAUCUUUGUUCGCUGCUAUUGUCGUCAUGCCGGUCACGGCCGGAGAGUGCGGCACGUUCGGGACCGACUUCGGGGCUUGUCUGAACUGGUGCUCUGAUACCAACCCUGGUGCCGAACGAUACAUCAUCGAUGGAUGCUACCGGGCUGUUUGCUCCAGCUGCAGGCCUGCGAAGGAACGAUCACUUGAGGCACGAGUUUUCCAGGCAUGAGAAUGUCCAAGAAGCAUCCAAUAACCUCGACAUGAUCUCUUCCUACCCGGCCGGCCGCUACGACUUCUCAACACUACUAGGAAUCCAGGUGCGACGUUACGAAUAGUUCUCUUCCUGCCACCUUAACCCCCCGACUUCCCCGGACUCCAGCUCUGUUGAUAUUGACACAACGAUUGGUCCCGUCGCUAGACGACUCAAGGUCACUUUUGGCCUUCCUCAAAUACCCGA